UUAGAUCUCCUAUUGACUUGGGAAAUUCCCUUCCCCCACAAUCCUUGUGGUUUAAUUCCAAUUCUUGGAUAGGACUGGACCUCGGAAAAUCAACACUUGAGUUCUGGGCUUCCUGCACCUAGACGGAGCACCUUGAGGUUUGGAAAGAGGAAAAUACCACUUGGAAAGUUUCCUCUGAACUCAUAAAAAUGCAGAUCAAGAGUGGUCAAAGAAGAAGAAAGAUUCAUGAACAAACAAGGAUUAACAGUUGCCAUAUUUAUUCCUUGAAGAACAAGUUUGUUAUGAAAAAAGCAUCAUGGACACUCUUUACAAAAUGCCAUGCAGCCGACUCAUCUUCAGUGUCAUCGUUGAAGAACUCGUAAUCAUUAAGUCAAGAAUUGGGAUUGAAGUCCAAGCAAAUUUCCACCUUUUGACAAGAUACUUGUGCAAACUGCUUCCUUAGUCGAAAGAACAGAUAGAAUGUGAGUGAGAAGAGCAUCAGGUAAUGCACUGACCCCAUCAGCAAGUCUCCAUUUUUUUGACAAGAUACUGGUCCUAAAGGCUUCUUUAGUUGAAAGCAAAGAUCGAAUGUGAUUGAGAAGUUCAUCAGUCCCCCAACAACCACAGAUCCAAUCUAAUAUCUCAACUUUCAUCUUUCAUGCCACUUCCAUCCAAAAGCUUCAAGACAAAACAGAACAUGUACAGAGAGAAAGAGGGGCUUGGCUUUGGUUGAUUCUUCUUUUCUCUCCUAUCCAUAAAAGGGUUUUCUUUGAUAAAAACAUCAGAGUCCGAAUUGUGUUCAGAGUGUUCAAGCUUUGUGCUGUCUACAAAUGAAAAAAGAGAAUGCUCAAAGCUAAAUAUAAUGGGAAGGUCCGACCAAAUCCCCCACCAAAAGACUCCAAAGGCAUACCAGCAGCCCUCUACGACAAGCCGACACACAACGCACCCAGUCUUUUAUUCUCCUUAAAGAAACACUUCCAAAUGCUACCUUCCACAUCUCUUCAAAUUUUGCUCCUGACCAUUUUCUUCCCUGGACGUACUUUCACCCAUUCACAUGGCCACAUAUCUCUGCCUUGUUACACAUUGCAAUUGAUCCAACAAUCGUUCAUCCAUCCAUUGCUCUUCUGUAAGAAAGGUUCAGACAGUUGGAGAGAGGAGAUAAGGCAGGAGAAAGAGCUCUUACGGAUGUUGCCUGAAUCAAGGCAGAUCAAUGCAGCUAUGCCUUACGUGCCAUGCAGAUCACUUUUCCACCCUAUACUCAUGCUUCAGUCAAAGCUGCCUCUUCAGUGUACACUCAAAAGAGAGGCCAGUCUGCAAAGCAGGAAUACCCAGGUUCAGGCCAUUCAGACUCCAAUAUUGGAGAAGUUAUGGUCCGGAGACACUGUCAUAUGCACAACUGACCAUAAUGAUAUUUCAGAUGUUGAUGCUACAUCUGUGAACAAGUUUAACAAUGUCAGUCUAUCUAGCAAUCCUGUGGUUUCCUUCUGUUUCUUCUUCAUGGUGCAGUAAGAAUAUGGGAAAGAAAAAAAAAAGGAGCUAAAGAAAAAGAAAAUAGAAUAUGCAAUGUAGCUAAUUUCCAUUAGCUUAUGUAUCUUCAGCAACUACAUAGCGAUCAGAAAGGCAAUUCUCUUCUCCCUUUUGAAAUGCAUUCUCAGCAUAGGUAAUGUUAUCCAAUUUGUCACCAUUCCCUUUCCUCUUCAUGAUUUUGGGAAUCAAUUGAGUUACUUUUUUGGCCUCUGACAUUGUUUCCCUUUGUUUAUCUGUGCAAAACAAACAGCACUAACCUUU